AGAACUUCCGUAGGUUUGAUGAACAUGGGUAAGUAUAUAGUCUGCCAAUCUGGUCUCUCGUCGGUUGGACCGUGGUGAUGGGGUGUGAAGACGUGCUCUGAGGUUACUCUGCCGCUUCAAUGACGGAAAGAGGAGACCCGGUGCGAGGAGUGCUGGAGUCUUCCUCAGAGAAGGAGCCGCUCAAAGCAGGCAUACUAGUCUGCUGCAUGCUCUCUUUGGCACGUUUAUCCAGAGUUGGAAAGCGGCGUUUCAUCUCAUUAACAACGUGCCGCGUGAGGCGCAUGAUUUGGGGCUCUGGGAGGAGAGAGAGAAUCGCAUGAGAGUCGCCGAGUGUCGAAAGAGGACCCGUAUGAUGAGUGGUGCUACGCUCCUUCAGUACCGCUUCGACGUCUUGUACCACCUCGACGAAUGUCACGUCGAGCAACUUCUUCAGCUUCCACUUUGUCCACAGAUUCAGACGUCCAUGAUCAUUCGCAGCGCUCAGGACAGUAUAUGCAGGCACCAAGGCUGUGGUGAGCUCAUCGCCAUUCAUGUUCUCUGCAGGUGCGCUGACGGGAUUGGGGAGUGACAUUGGUGAGAAGACAGUUGGGUGUCGGAGAAGACAUCGCUUCGUGCUCGGUGGCCUGGUCACCGAUAGACAUUGCUGAGAGAAUUGGAAUGUUGAGGCACAGAAAGGUUGAGAUUGAGAGAGAAAACGUCGGACAGUGGUAUGAAUGACCUGAUCACCCCGAUGUGGAAUGUUUUUCAUGUGUCGGAGGCAAACGUAACUCUGCUGGGUCAUGUCCUCCACGCGUCGAUGCUGCUCAAACUUGUCUUCUCUCCUAUAGUUCCUGGUCUGGAUGCACAAGACUAGAAGAAGCUGGGCUGCCUUGGACCUUCUCGGCAAACAAAGACUCAUUGAUGGGUCUCCGCGUAGGAGAGUCAUAAUGGCCGAAUAUCGUUCGUAGGUGGAGUCCCACUAUGACUGUUACGCACUGGAUAUCGAAAAUCGCGCUGGAUGGGGCAGUAAUGCGGCGACCGUUCCUACGGUUAUAUACGUACCCCCUUUCAUCCUUUGCUCUAUCUCAUCGAACUCACGACUGACUGCUCGACAUCCUUAUCCAUUUCACGAUGUUUGGCAAACUACUUGAUGCAAUCAGAGGUGGUCGCUCCGUGUAUCUCGUGGUGUAUCAUCGAGAGGUUAGUGCGAGGGAAGGCCCUGCACACUGGGCCAUUUGGAUUCCACAUCGGAACGCUGCGGAGUUCGGCAAACUCAUACAUGUCGUUGGCGAUACUCGGGUGAUGGGAUUUCGUGUCCAAUUCCGUCACCAUGCCCAGGUCACUUUCACGGAUCGACGUUACGAUCUGAUCCUACUCGAUGACGACGUUUCCUCGCGACUGAUCGUCGACAAACCGCAAUACGAAGUUCGAGAGCCGUCAUAUACUGAAAAGCGCCAGCAGCCCGUUGAUGACAUGGAGCGUUACGCCCUUGCCAUCCCUGCUCCCCCUUUGACUCCAGACGGGGGGACAUUUGCCGGCGACUGCCAGACCUGGAUAUGGCAGGUCGUUACAAGUUUGGUUGACAACGGUGUUCUUAAACAGAGUGCGCUAGCAGCUCUCGAGGAUGUUUCGACGGUGUGAUAGGACGUGAUGGAAAAGACGAAGGAGAAAGGUCAACUGACUCGAAAGGCGCUCAGCGUAAACCAUACCGUUGAAGUCUGUAUAGUGGAACUUCUGUCCUUUUAUCCAAUGAUGCAAUGUCAAAUUACGAACGUUUC